CGCCCACCAGGAAAUCACAGGUUAGUGUGUGCAAUGCGGAAUGAAAAUGUCCUUCCAAACCAGGAGAAAGUAACGAAAAUGAAGAACUCGGCGACGCUGUGACGUGGAAUCGAAAGCUCUGUUUCCGGAUGAGUCCUGCUGAUCUGCAGAGCUGAACUCCUGCUCCAGCUGUUCCAGGAUCUGUGUGGAGCGACUCGGAUGUGAAAGCAUCUGCAGGACGGAGGGGCGGAGCUGAGAUGUCAAUCAGAAGCGCUGAGGGCGUGUCCAUCAUGCAGGCCUUAGCCAUGACCGUGGCUGAGAUACCUGUGUUCCUGUAUUCCACCUUUGGACAGUCUAUAUUCUCUCAGCUGAAGUUGAGCCCUAGUCUGAAGAAGGUGCUGUUUGCCACGGCUCUGGGCAGCGUGGCUCUGGCACUGACCGCGCAUCAGUUGAAGAGACGGGGAAGGAAGAGGAAGCAGGUAGUCAGUAAAGAAGCUCAGAAACCUGUGGGCGUCCCAGAACAGCUGCUCCGAACCAGUCGGCCAGCCUCGCUCAAGAGAGGGCCGCUUCCAGGGCGUCAGAUGAUGAGUCCCAGCACCCGCAGUAAUGACACUCUCAGCGGCGUCUCGUCUCUCGCGCAGAGCAAACACUCGAGCUCUUCACACAGCAUCGCCUCUAUGCGAGUCCCUUCCUCUCCCAACCAAUCAGUGAACACUGGGAUGCCGUGGGAGGCGGAGCCAGUGGCAGAGGAGCCGGGAGUCGGGGAGGAUGCCAACGCUGAGAACCUCUAUCUCAUAGGGAUGGAGCUGUUUGAGGAAGCCCUGCGCAAAUGGGAGCUGGCUUUAAACAUCAGACACGGAGCUCAUUCUUGUCCAUCUGGAUCACACAGUCUCGGCCUGCAGGGGUCAGAACUCGUGGAGCGUCAUUCGCCUGAGCUUCAUCAUCAUCAGUUUGCGAAGAAGCUUGAGUCUCUGCUGCACCGAGCGUAUCACCUACAGGAAGACUUCGGCAGCACCAUCCCGCCUGAAAGCCUCCUGGCUGACCUGGAGAGUGAAGCAACGCUGAUUCUGCCCACACUAGGGAGUUCCCAUCGCACCCGAGACGACGAUGCCUUAACAGUCAUGUCAGACGACUCGUUUUUCUCUGCUGCUGAGUUGUUUGAGACGUUCUCUCUAGAGGACACGUAUCAUCCUCUGAAGCCGGCAGCGCUGUAUGAAGAAGCCCUGAGUUUAGUGAAGGAUGAAGGCGUGGCCUGCAGAUCACUGAGAACUGAACUUCUGGAGUGUUACAGCGAUGAGGACUUCCUCGCCAAACUGCACUGUGUCCGCCAGGCCUUCCAGGUGCUGCUGUUGGAUGAGACGCACAGGAUGUUCUUCAUGGAUACAGGGAAGCAGAUAAUAUCGGGACUUCUGGCCAAAGCCAACAAGAGUCCGAAGGCAUUUCUGGAGAGUUAUGAUGACAUGCUGCAGUACACACAGAGAGAGGAGACGAGGCCCGUUACCAAGAUGGAGCUGGAAGGACGAGGGGUGGUCUGUAUGAACUUCUUUGACAUUGUGCUGGACUUUAUCCUCAUGGAUGCGUUUGAAGAUCUGGAAAGUCCUCCAUCUUCAGUGGUGGCCGUUCUAAGGAACCGAUGGCUCUCGGACAGUUUCAAAGAGACGGCAUUGGCUACAGCCUGUUGGUCUGUGCUAAAAGCCAAAAGGAGAUUGCUAAUGGUUCCUGACGGUUUUAUUGCCCAUUUCUAUGCAAUCUCUGAACACGUGAGUCCAGUUCUGGCUUUCGGGUUUCUGGGCCCCCGGCAGCACCUCAGUGAGGUGUGCACCAUAUUCAAGCAACAGAUUGUUCAGUAUCUGAAGGACAUGUUUGACCACGAUAAGGUGCGUUUCACGUCCGUCUCGUCUCUGGGCGAAGACAUCCUCAGUCUGUCCCACAGACGAGCGGACAUCCUGGUGGGUUACCUGGGCAUUGACAGUCAACCUGAGACCAAUGGAGCUUUACCCAAGAGCCCCUCCCAAGCCAACAGCGGACAGCAGGACUGAGGUGCACAAUCCUAAUCUAACCUGCUAGUUUUAAAAGAGACCAGACACCAGGUCUCACUUAGCUAUUCGUCACGGUCGACCAAUCAACGGGACUAUAAAGAACAUUCAUAUAAAAGAUUGAUUGUUCAGACAGAUAAACCACUACAGACUCACCUGAGGUCAACCGAGGCCUUUUCUUGAUCUGCUUCUGCAAAUUUGCCACCGAAUAUCCAGUGCUGCUAUUUAGACGAUGCUUUGUAAAUGGUCUCUUUCUGAAGAACCCAAGAAGGAACUGAAUGAAACCAUCUUUUAGCCAAACAUGCAGCCUGGUGUUGAGUUGCAGCUCUUCUGAAUCAAACCCACACCGUAUCGACGAUGCCUCCUACGUCGAAACGCUAGGUUUUGUUUGUUUUUCAUGUGUGAAUGCGAGUCGUUGAGCGCUUGUGUUUGUGCCAAUGGCCAAAUAAAGUCUUGCACUGAAUCUUGGGUAGCACCGAACACAAUCAAGAGAGAGAAUCGAGACAGAUUUGUGAACUUGAGUGUAAAUCUCUCAGCACAUUUUGCCAGUUUGAGAGCGUUUCGAAGAGAGACUCGCACAGGAUCACACUAGCUGAGCUCAAUUGUGUCCUUUGUUCUCACCCUCACAAUAUAUUAGUCCCAGUGUUCAUCAGAGCGAUAUUUAAUAAGACAUGUAGGCCUGUUGGUUUGUUAUAUUUUCUGUCAUCAUACUUCAUCCUUGAUUUAUAUACCUUGUUUUUGUCCUUCAUCGAUAUUCAGGACUAAAAUAGCCAAUCUACUAUUCUGUUAUAUAGAUAUUCAUUAUGUAUUAUAAAUGUAAUACAGCAGUGGUAUUGGGUCAAAUAGGUCACAAUUGUAGAGCACAGUUAGGUGAGUAGGAAUGAUCAAUGCUAAUUUCAUAUAUGUGCUUUGACUUGUUAGUUCAGUCCUUCAAGCUGUGGUUGUUAAACUCUGUCAGCAACAUCUGUGCCAUUGUGAAAUGAUCAACGCCGCCUUGAUUUUGUGAAAACAAUAAGAUGCAUAUUCCGUUGCACUUGAAGGCUAUGGGGAAAAUUGCCUCAUAGAUUCAGUUAAAGUGGAUCUUUUUGUUUGCUUUUGAGUUAUUUGUUCUAUACAAUAUUGUAAUAUAGUAUACAUUUCUUCUGUGGCAGUGGCACAGAUGCUGUCGAUAGAGUUUAAAUUGUAUUCAACCCAUG